AUGGUCGAAUAUCAUGGCGAUUCACAGCGUCAUGAACCACUGACGGACAACCAAAGCGUUUUGGACCAAGUAGACCAAUACAUAACCGAUCAUAAUGCCGGUGGCCGCUCAAUAACCACUACUACCACGGAAAGAACAAUACAAGAUCUGGAUUUCGAAGUGGGGCUGCAGUCACGUGACAGCGAUGCUGACACGUCUGGUGCAGGCACUGACUAUGGUCCUCCCAAUCCGCACCAACUGCCGUUUCAUUUUGAUUUGGAUAUGGCCUCUGCGACUGCAGGAUUACACGAGUCACGUCUGGUGCGCCCAGAUGCCGUGUUUUCGCCCGUUCUAUCUCCUGUCGUUGCACCUGUCACAGGUUCUGUCCACCAAAAUCACACUCAUAAUCACAACCAGAACCAUUUCCAACCAUCGGCUUCAACGCAGUCUCAACCGCACUCGAGUCACUAUCAAGCUCGAAACUAUUCUGGUGGGACCACUUCCAGCGCCAAUACCCCACUUUUGAGAUCUCAGGCUCCGGGAUCUGCGCAUACUUCAAAACCGCAAUUUUCACCUCUUUCAUCCCCCGCUAUUGAUGCCCUGGAUAGUCUGGCUGCUUUAAAGCGUGUUUCAUCGAGCUCUUCGUCCCGCGGAAGAAAGACUCCUUUUUCAACGCCUGCUCUUACCGCGACCACAGUAUCCACUUCUUCAGCAGUCGGGCUUCCGUCCUCCUCCACAAGUACUGUUAGCACAGGCUCGAAAGUGGUGAAAAGCAGCCCUCAGCUGGCUCGAAAACGAUCUGUUGCUCCAACUUACGGAAGACGCAAAAGUGGGCUUCCUUCCAAUUGGGACGAAAUGUUUGCUCUUCCGGAUAGUUCGAUUCCUCCACCACCGCUGCCGCCGGCGGCAGCUGCUACCUUUGCACAAUCCCAAUUGCCUCAACAGCAAAAUGAUGACGUCCCAAACCCACGCCCUACGUCAAGCGUUUCCUCCACAAGAACUCAAAACUCGAGCAAUUCUACAGUACCACUGAGCAGUUUAGAUCUCGAAUUCGACCACUUCGAUCAACAGCAACCAGAAUCCCACGAGUCGGGCUCUGUGGUACCGACGAACUACCCAAAGGUAAUUUUGCCAUCCACGUCGUUUCGAAGUGGACAGUCUCCAGGUCGUGCACAGCCCUCAAUAGCGACAAACCAUACAAAUGCUAACGGCGGUCACAAUGUCAUUGUUGCUUCUGAAUCUCCCGUUAUCAAAGCAAAGAACCCUUCACCGUCGUUUUCCGCUCCCGCCAUAACUCGUAAGACUAGCGGUGGAAGCAUUAGGAUACGAGCAACUCCAGAAUUGAAGCCUUUACGCAAGAGUAGUAAGAGCUCGCUCGACGGUCAAGAGAAUGAGGAUAUAUCAAUGCGGGACCUGGACGAAAUGCUAAGGAACGGUGGUGGGGGUGGGGGUGGUGGUGACCAACACAGGAAAGAUGUGCACAAAGCUGCUGAGCAGGGCCGUCGUAAUCGACUGAAUACUGCUUUGACUGAAUUGCACGCUUUGAUUCCUUCUGAGCUCAAGGGCUCAACAUUGGUUCCGUCCAAAGCUACGACCGUGGAGCUUGCGUGCAUUUAUAUUCGUGAGCUGAUUGCUAAAGGAUCGAAUUCCUCUGAUAAAUUGUAA